AUGCUAUCGCAUCUCAUCUCAAAAACUAUACUUCCCUUCCCAGAGAAAAGAAACAAAAAGAUUAAUAAAAAUAUAAUCAUUAUGUCUCCUGCAGAUCACACUAACAACGCGCAGAGCCAGACACCUCAAAAUGACUUGACUCACAAUCCUUCCAACACACAUCUUUUGGCAUAUUUCACCAAUGACAACAAUAUAUCUGCAACUUCUACACCUGAAUUGAACGACUUAAUAUCGGAAGAUACUAUUCUUGAUGGAAAACUGCGGGAGAAACUACAAACUGAUCUAGUCAAAGAGGUUACUCAUGAACGAGGGAAGGAAGAUGGAUGCAUCUCUGAAUCUGAUACUGAAAACGAAGACAAUGGUUUCGCUGAUGGCGAUGGUGAGUACUAUCCAGAAGGAGGGUUAAGAGCUUGGAUUGUCGUAUUUGCAUGCUUCUGUGGGUUGAUCGCAUGUUUUGGUACUUUGAAUGCCACAGGUGUCGUCGAAAAUCAUAUUCAGAACAAUCAAUUGGCUGAUCAAAGCUCCUCCACCAUUGGGUGGAUUUUCUCAUUGAUGCUGUUUAUUUGUUUCGGAUCAUGUAUUUUAAGUGGGACAUACUUUGAUAGAAAUGGAUUUAAGGCACCCAUGAUAUUUGGAUCCAUUUUGCAUUGUGGUGGGAUGUUUGCAUUGGCUAAUUGUACAAAACUUUGGCAUUUCAUUCUUGCAUUCUCCAUUGUUGCAGGUUUCGGUAAUGGUAUCAUUUUAAGUCCUUUGGUCAGUGCACCAGCACAUUAUUUCUGUAAGAGAAGAGGUACUGCCACUGCAAUUGCCACCGCUGGUGGGUCCAUUGGUGGUGCUUUGAUCCCAUUGCUACUACGUAAAUUCUUUGCCAUGACUAGAGAAAAUGAUCCAAACUAUGGUUAUGUUUGGGGUGUCAGAACUUGGGCAUUCAUCAAUUUGGCACUUCUAAUCAUCGCUAUCGUUCUGGGGAAAGAAAGAAUAAAGAAGACUGAUGACAUUGAAAAUGAUAGAUCAAAAUAUGGUGAAGAAUCCCGUUUCAAGAAAACAAUUAGAGUUUAUAUCUUACAGAGUUUUGAUGCAAAGGCCUUUUCUGAUAUGAGAUUCUUAUUCUGUGUCAUUGGGACCGUGUUUGGUGAAUUAAGUUGCUGUGCAGCUAUUACAUAUUACAGUUCCUAUUGUGGUGUUUAUGGAAUCUCAUCCUCUGAUAGUUAUAUGUUGAUCAUGGUUAUUAACUUGACCGGGAUCUUAGGUAGAUGGAUUCCUGGGUAUUUGAGUGAUAUUUUUGGAAGAUUUAACGUGGCAAUUGCAACACUAUUCAUUUUAGCCAUUGUCAUGCUUGUGGGCUGGUUACCCUUUGGAAAAGAUUUGACAAGUAUGUAUGUGGUGAGUGCAUUAUACGGAUUCUUCUCAGGAAGCACGUUUUCUUUAUUACCAGUUUGUUGUGGCCAAAUAUCCAAAACGGAAGAAUUUGGAAGAAGAUAUGCAACAAUGUAUAUGGUUGUCUCAUUGGCUUUAUUGGCAGGUAUCCCAAUUACUGGUGCUAUUAUUGCUGAUAAGAGUACAAAGGAUUAUUCCCAUUACGUUAUCUUCUCUGGGGUUAUGGCCUUGGCAAGUUGCGUUUCUUAUAUCAUUUCCAGAUAUUUUGCUGUUGGGAUGAAAUGGCGCAGAUUUUAA